AUGCCAAGUCACGAUAUCCCAUACAACAAGCCCGGGUUGCGAAAGCUCAUCGAUGGUGUCAAGGGAACCCUGGUGCCGGGAAAGAGGGCGCGUGUAGAAGCUGUGAAAGGGGAUACUGAACUUUACAGCUACCCAUGGGACUACAACAAGCACACCCAAUUUGUGCAGGAUGUUCUCCGGUUUGAGGAUCCGACAAUGAUCGAUACGCUCGUUGAAAGCGAUAAUCCGAAUAGUUUGGGCCCUGCACAACGUCACACAAUAUCCUACUACAUCCGCAAGAAUAUGGAGCGGUCGGGCCUGCGCUCGCCCAAAGGCUCGGGGCGGUACCAUCCUUGUCUAUUCUGGCUUAAUUCUGGAACGCAGUGGAUCCAGAAGGAGCAAAUGGCUGUCAUAGUACUGAUAGAGAUGCACGAGCGCGUUUCAGCGAAGGACGAUUCGGCGAAGGACGAUUCGACGAAGGUCGAUUCGGCGAAGGUCGAUCCGGCGAAGGUCGAUUCGGCGAAGGUCGAUCCGCCGGAGGCCAAAAUUCUUUCGCCGGAUGGCGAGUGGUCAGUGACAGUCCCUUUAACAGUCGGCUGCGUCAUUCUACUAUACGGACCACACGGUUGGCGCUCAGAGACUCAAGCGAUGUCAUUUCUGUUUCUAUAUUACGACAUUGUGAAGGAUGCGGAUGGAGCCAACUCGGCUUCUUGA